AUGGCCACGCCCAACAGGAGAGUGGUCUCCAGACCCCGGGGACCUGGCUGGGGGCACCAGGGGAGCGGGGCCUGCCUGGGCUCCCUGGACGACCUGCCAUGUGAGGGGACCCAGGAGCUGGCACCGGCACAGCUGACCAUGCUGAGGAAGGCACAGGAGUUCUUCCAGACCUGUGAUGCCGCAGGCAAGGGCUUCAUCACCAGGAGGGAUAUGCAGAGGCUGCACGAGGAGCUGCCCCUCAGCCUGGAGGACCUGGAGGAUGUGUUUGAUGCCCUGGAUGCUGACGGCAAUGGCUUUCUGACCCCAGCGGAGUUCACCACUGGAUUUAGUCACUUCUGCAGCCAGAAUAAGCCGAGUGAGGAAAAUACUGCUGAGCACCUGGCCCAGCUCCAGGAAGAGAAGGUGUAUCAGACCGCAGGGUAUGAGGAUCUGGGUGACAUGGACGAAGAUGAGGAAGGCCAGUUCCAGAUGCUGAUGGACAGGCUUGGAGCCCAAAAGGUUUGGGAAGAUGAAAAUGACGUCAAGCAGCUCUGGCUGCGGCUAAAGAAGGGCGAGCCUCACUUACUGUCCAACUUCGAGGAUUUCCUGACCAGAACCUUCUCGCAGCUCCUAGAAGCCCACGACGAGAAGAGUGAGCUGGAGUGCGCCCUGAGAAGGAAAAUUGCUGCCUAUGAUGAAGAGAUCCAGCACCUCUACGAGGAGAUGGAACAGCAAAUCAAAAGGGAGGAAGAGAAGUUUCUCCUGAAGGACACGGAGAGGUUCCAGGCCCGCAAUCAGGAGCUGGAACGGAAGCUGUUCUCCAAGGAGCAGGAACUGGAGCGGCUCAUCCAGAAGCAGAAGCGGCUGGAAGGCCAGUGCACCGCCCUGCACAACGACAAGCACGAAACCAAGGCUGAGAACACCAAGCUGAAACUCACCAACCAGGAGCUGGCCGGGGAGUUGGAGCGGACGUCCUGGGAGCUGCAGGAUGCCCAGCAGCAGCUGGAAAGCCUCCAGCAAGAGGCCCGAAAACUCCACCAGGAGAAGGAGAUGGAAGUGUACCGCGUCACGGAGAGUCUGCAGCGGGAGAAGUCAGGGCUCCUGAAACAGCUGGAUUUCCUAAGGGAAAGGAACAAGCAUCUUCGGGAUGAACGGGACAUAUGUUUUCAGAAAGACGAGGCAGCCAAGGCAAUCACAGCUGCUUCCAAGGCAAGCCAGAAGCAGCGAUCUGGCUCUGUGAUCGGCAAAUACGUGGAUGGCGGAGGGAUGCUCAGAAGCCAGUCAGAGGAGGAAGAUGACGUGUUUGGCAUCCUGAGGAGAAGGUCCCUGGGCCUGAGUGGGUGCCCCCUUACAGAAGAGGGGCUGGGGACCGGGGGUCUGCUGCCCCGGCCGCUCCGCAGAAUCAUCUCCAUUGAAGAGGACCCGCUGCCCCAGCUGCUGGGGGGCGGCUCUGAGCAGCCACUGGGCAAAUGCCUGGAAGAAGGGGAGGCCUCCGACCACGGGGUGGAGGGACAAAUCGGGCCGUCCCGGCCUCUGGGACUCACGCCUGCGUCUCCCCGAGGGCAGCCCGUCGGAAAAGAAACCCCGUCAAAGGAGGAAGGCUCUGUGUCCACCCCAGACCGGCUCUUCAAGAUCGUGUUUGUGGGCAAUUCCUCCGUGGGGAAGACGUCUUUCCUGAGCCGGUUCUGCGACGGCAAGUUCUCCCCGGGUUCGGCAGCCACCAUGGGCAUCGAUUACCGCAUGAAGACCGUGCGUGUGGACGACUCGCAGGUGGCCCUGCAGCUGUGGGACACAGCGGGUCAGGAGAGGUAUCGCUGCAUCACCCAGCAGUUCUUCCGCAAGGCCGAUGGCGUCGUGGUCAUGUACGAUCUCACAGCCAGACAGUCCUUCCUGGCCGUGCGGCCAUGGCUGAGCAGCGUGGAGGAAGCUGUGGGAGACCGCAUUCCCGUUCUUCUGCUGGGCAACAAAGUUGACAACGAGAAGGAGCGGGAAGUGCCACGGGGCCUGGGAGAGCAGCUGGCCAAGGAGCACAACCUGAUCUUCUAUGAAUGCAGUGCCUAUUCCGGUCACAACACCCAAGAGUCCGUGCUCCAUCUGGCCAGGAUCCUCAAGGAACAAGAAGACACAGUGAGGGAGGACACCAUUCAGAUUGACCGCCCCGCCAAGAAGAAAGCCUGCUGCGGCUGA